GCAACCACCUAUAUAUACCAGGUGAGGUCCUCAUGAACGUUAAGACUCGUCCGCCAGUCAGCGCUGGUGAACAGGGAGAAUUACCGCUCCUGUUAACUAUCAACGAAUAAGAAGUCAAGCCCUUAGUGCGCUUUCUGUACUACAAAAAUAUGUGUGACGAUGACACCACAGCGCUGGUCUGCGAUAAUGGCUCCGGCCUCUGCAAGGCUGGCUUUGCUGGCGACGACGCUCCCCGGGCUGUGUUCCCCUCCAUCGUCGGCCGACCUCGUCACCAGGGUGUGAUGGUGGGCAUGGGUCAGAAGGAUGCCUACGUCGGCGACGAGGCACAGAGCAAGCGAGGUAUCCUGACUCUCAAGUACCCCAUCGAGCACGGCAUCAUCACCAACUGGGACGACAUGGAAAAGAUCUGGCACCACACCUUCUACAACGAGCUUCGCGUUGCCCCUGAGGAGUCCCCCACACUGCUGACUGAGGCUCCCCUCAACCCCAAGGCCAACCGUGAGAAGAUGACUCAGAUCAUGUUCGAAACCUUCAGCUGCCCCGCCAUGUACGUGGCCAUCCAGGCUGUGCUGUCCCUGUACGCCUCUGGCCGUACUACUGGCAUCGUGCUGGACUCUGGCGAUGGUGUAUCUCACACCGUUCCUAUCUAUGAAGGUUACGCUCUUCCUCACGCCAUCAUGCGUCUUGACUUGGCUGGCCGUGACCUGACAGACUACCUAAUGAAGAUUAUGACAGAGCGUGGCUAUUCCUUCACCACCACAGCAGAGCGGGAGAUCGUUCGAGACGUCAAAGAGAAACUUUGCUACGUUGCCCUUGACUUCGAGAACGAAAUGGCUCAAGCCGCUGCUUCUACAUCACUUGACAAGUCUUAUGAGUUGCCAGACGGUCAGGUGAUCACGAUUGGGAACGAACGUUUUCGUGCUCCAGAGGCUCUCUUCCAGCCUUCCUUCUUGGGUAUGGAAUCUUCAGGUGUUCACGAGACUGUCUAUCAAUCUAUCAUGAAGUGUGACGUGGACAUCAGAAAGGAUCUCUACGCUAAUACCGUUAUGUCUGGCGGCACCACCAUGUAUCCCGGUAUUGCUGACCGCAUGCAGAAGGAAAUAACUUCUUUAGCUCCUUCUACAAUCAAAAUCAAGAUUAUCGCUCCUCCAGAGCGCAAGUACUCAGUCUGGAUUGGCGGCUCCAUCCUGGCUUCGCUGUCCACCUUCCAGGCCAUGUGGAUUUCCAAAGAAGAAUAUGAGGAGUCUGGUCCUGGAAUUGUACAUCGAAAAUGUUUUUAGUUAAUGAAGUUUGCUUUAUUGUAAAUUUCUCUCUUUCACAA